UUUUAAAAACGAACCCGCUGCCCAAAGAUCCUAUAGCAGAGCUGUAGCGGUUAGUCCGUCCGUCCGUCUCCCGCCCAACUUCCCGGGCCCUCGCCCAACUCCCCUGACCGUCCGCCUAACCCGGGCCCUCCGCCAGCACCGGGCUCUCCCCCGCCGCCCGCCCGCCCGCCCGCCUGCAGCAGCAGCCAUGGAGCGGUUCGUGUUCUCGGCCGUGGUGAGCAGCAACUUCCUGGCGGCCUCGGUGCUCUUCGCCGCCAUCAGCCGGGCCCAGCGCGGCCCCUACAUGGACGAGGAGUUCCACGUCCCGCAGGCUCAGCGCUUCUGUAGCGGCAGCUUCUCCGAGUGGGAUCCAAUGAUCACUACGUUACCCGGUCUUUACCUGGUGUCUACUGGAAUAAUCAAGCCUGUGUCGUGGCUGCUGGGCUGGACCGAAGCCGUGGUGUGCUCCACAGCAAUGCUGCGAUUCAUUAAUCUGCUCUUCAAUACAGGGAACCUCUACUUACUCUAUGUGCUUUUGUGCAGGAUACACCAGAAGGACAAGGCUACCACUGCAUUCCAGAGAAUCGUGUCUGCAUUAACACUUGCAUCGUUUCCACUUCUUUAUUUUUUCUCAUUCUUGUACUACACCGAUGCAGGCUCAACUUUCUUCAUCUUAUUUACUUACUUAAUGUGCCUGUAUGAAAGCCACAAAAUCGCUGCCUGCCUUGGAUUCUGUGCUUUUAUGUUCCGUCAGACUAAUAUCAUAUGGAUCAUAUUCUGUGCAGGGCAUGUUGUUGCACAGAAAUUAACUGAAGCAUGGAAAACUGACUUGGUUAAGAAAAAGGAUGAAAGGACAGCUUGUAUUCCAGAUCUAACUGAAGAAACCAAGAAACUUGGUCGAUUUCUUUUGGAGUAUGUUCUUUCACUGAAGAAUCUGAAGGUAUUGAUCCUUUUGACCUGGCCGUACAUUAUCUUGGUUGUUGGCUUUCUGCUAUUUUUAUGUCUGAAUGGAGGGAUAGUUGUUGGUGACAGGACCAACCAUGAGAUCUCUCUGAAUUUUCCACAGUUAUAUUACUUCUUUUCGUUCACGCUUGCUUUCUCUGCUUCUCAUCUGAUUUCUUCUCAAAAGAUCAAUUCUUUCUUGCAUUCAGUAAAGAAGCAUGCAUUACUUUACAUCGGUUUUGGAAUUGUCUCCCUGUUGUUAAUUUGGAAAUUCACUUAUGUCCAUAAGUUCCUGGUGGCAGACAACAGACACUACACAUUUUAUAUUUGGAAAAAUAUCUUUCAGAGGCAUGAAAUUAUCAAGUAUGUGUUGGUCCCAGCGUACAUCUUUGCUGCCUGGACAUUUGUGGAAGCUUUGAAGUACAAAUCAAUAUUCUGGAUCUUAGCAUAUUUUUUCUGUUUGGCUGCUGCGACAAUUCCACAACAAUUACUAGAAUUUCGUUAUUUCAUUGUGCCCUAUUUGAUCUACAGGCUCAACAUCCCAAUGCCCUCAAGCGUCAAAAUUAUUGCAGAGCUGGCUCUGUAUUGUUUAGUAAAUGUGCUAACCCUAUAUUGUUUUUUUAAUAAGACCUUUCUGUGGCCAGAUAGGAAGGAUAUCCAAAGAUUUAUGUGGUAAUAUUUUGCAUCUUAUUUGUAGAGAGAGGCAUGACCCUUACACAUGCUUUAUACCUUUGCAACCUCUUUAAUACAUUUUUUAAUUUUUUAUUUAAUGAUUUCUUUAUUCUGUGCAUCGUGAAGAUAAGUUUGUUAAAUUAACUGGUGAGCGAUAUUUAGCAUGUUGCAUAUAUGUAAUGAAUGCAGGGGAAUGGGCUAUUUCAAAAUCCUAAUGCCAAGACAUCCAUCCCCAAACCUUGUUCAUCUAAUUCUUGGUGAAGUGCAUUCUCUCUGUUGGGAUAAGAGACCAAUUCCUCAAUCUUCCUGAAAAAGCUUUUUAUCUCUGUAUCUGUGUUUGCAACAGUCACCCCAAGCUCCUUAUUUUCAGCCAAAGCUUUUGAAAAUUCUUUAUCCAUUCCAACAUCAAGUUCAUUUAGAAGCUGUUCUGUUGUCUGUAGAUGAACUUUUAGAUUUUCUGGAGCCAAUUGGUACGAGCAUGUUGUAUGUACUGUUUAGUUUUGUGGUUACUUUAAUGUUUGACUUGGGUACAUGUACAUUUGCUGUGAUACAAUUGUUACUAUUUUUUGUCGGGUAAUUCAUUUACUCAAUUCACACUUAAUGUGAAUUGGUUUUAGUCAUCUGUACACUAAUGAUUUUUUAAAAUUUAAUUUGAAAAGUAAGCUAAGUUACUGUCAUUUUUGUAUUGUGGAGAUUUUUUAAUGCUACAAUGUUUUUUUACUUAAAAAGGGGUUUGAAAUAGCAUUUAAAAUUUUUAUUAAUGUAAAAAUAUUAUUCAAAUAUGCUUUUUUAAAGGUCAAUUUGAUUUUAUUUCACGUUUCAGGUGUGUCAGAGAUAGUAAUGCAGGAUUCUUUCAGUUCUCAGUGGAUGUUUGCUUAAUUAAAUUUCUGCAGGACAAUAAACAUGAUGAAAGUAUUUGCAUUUUUAUAGUACCUCUGCAUCAUAGUGUUUUUUUCCUUGAUAAGAAAUCAUGUACAAAAUCAUGAGGGGAAUAGAUAGGCUGAAUGCAGUGUCUUUUUACCCAGGGUAGUGGAAUUAAGAACCAGUGGACAUAGGUUUAAGGUGAGAGGGGUGAUAUUAAAUAGGAACCUGAGGGUGGUGGGUAUAUGGAAAGAGCUGCAAGAGGGGGUAGUUGAGCCAGUUACUAUAACAACAUUUAAAAGGCACGUGGAUAGGUUUGGAAAGAUAGGGCCAAAUGCAGGCAACAAGGAUUAGCUUAGAUGGGCAUCUUGGCCAGCAUUGAUGAGUUAAGGUGAAUGGCCUGUUUCCAUGCUGUAAGCCUCUGACUGAGAUUUGAUUAUCUUUUAUGCAGGCAUGCAAGCACUUUGCCUAAAUAUAAUAUGUUAAACAAUAAAGUAAAUGUCUCUUGCUAGACAGAUUAGCAAAAUAAAUCGGUGAUCUAAUGUUUCUGAAAUAUUUUGCUAAUUUCUGUGGAUAAAAUUGCAAAAAGCAAUUUUGAACCGCUGCAAUAGUGUUAAUUUAACAAGUAGAUAUUAGCAAAGAUGGUAAAUUAGCAAUCCAGGCAACUAACUUUUUAGGAAACAUAAGCUGUUUUUGGAAGAUACUGCAUUGGGUUUUUUAUGGAUAGUAAUGAGUGAACACUAAACACUAGCAAUUUCAAUGGGUAAGAAACCAUUUUCUCAUAAUAAUCAGUGUAAUAUCAAUAAAAGGAGGCUGCAAACACCAAGUUCAACAAACAUUUUGAAAUGGGUCAAUUUGAUUUCUCCCUUUCAUAUGAAUUUUUCCUCCAAUUUUAAGAGGGCUAUUUCCCUUGAUAAUAUUUUUUUUUAAUUACAAUACACAAUGUUUGUAAUUGGAUGCAAUGGUUGAAUUAAAUGUUAUGGAGAAUUGUACUUCACAGGAAGUCAAGGGAAAUGAUAGUUUAAUAUAUAAUAGAGCUAGUAAUAACCCAAUAGUCUUACUAGAUUUCAAGGGCCAGAGCCAUCAAAGGUUAUAGUGAUUGAGCAGGACUCAACUACCUCCUCUGGUAGUUUAUUCCAUAUACUAUAUCCCUCAGGUUUGUAUUACCGUAUUUCCCUGCAAUGAAGACGCACCACCAUUUUGAGUUGAUAAAUUUUGGGAAAAAAGGCUGGCGGGACAGGACCAAGGGUUUGGUUUCGUCAGUAGAAAGGAAGAUGUGAAACGCCUCCAUCUUCCCCUGUCCCACAAUGCGCUGUGCGGUUCAGGCCUGACGGACGGGGACAUCCUGGCUCAGGGGGAUCACAUAACGGAGAGAGAGAGAGAGCGCCCAGGUCUGGCUGCAGUUCCCGGGUCGGCUGGCUUGCCCCAGGUCGCGAAAACUAAUUGGGAAAAAAAAGACGCCUGCAGGCCGGAUGAGUUCGGGCCGGAUCUGGGCCGUAGGUUGCCGACCCCUGUGUUUGGCCUCAUUGUGCGUGUGUGUGUCCCCAUGUUUUAAAAGUGAUUUGACCCAAGUCUAUCUUUCUUGGCUAACAAUCUAGCCUUCGGCCUCCAAGACGCAGGUAAAUUUUCGGGGCUUAUUUUAGGGUAAAAAAUGGCGUCUUCAUUGCCAGGAAAUACGGUAAAUCUUUUCCCACUCACCUUAAACCAAUGAUCUCAACACCACAAAUAUAAUUGUUUCAUCUUGAUUUCUGUGUGGCAUUCGGGUAUAAUGUCUUAAAGGUUAAGCUUCUCUUAAAUCUUAACGCACAUAUUUUACUAUUACUGACUUUCUUAAAGUAUUUAGCAAUCAUUCUGUUAUUUAAAAUACAUAUCAGAAAUAAAAUGAAACUAUUCAUUCCUCA